GAAGGCUCCGCUCCCUACCGAACAGCUCCGCGCGCGGCCCCGCGAGAGAGCCCGGAGCAACUACUUUUCUCCCUUUUCUUUUCUUCUUUUUUUUUUCCCCCCUGCUGGGUAGUGGCGGCGGUGGGCUGGGGGAGACUUUGAAUGACCAAGUUUGCGUCCACCUUUCUCUUCAUGUCGAUGUCCCUGGAAACAGUCACACGGAUGCCAUGGUUACUUCUGCCACGAUCUUACAGGUGAACAAGGUGAUGUCCAUCUUGUUUUAUGUGAUAUUUCUCGCUUAUCUCCGUGGCAUCCAAGGUAACAGCAUGGAUCAAAGGAGUUUGCCAGAAGACUCACUCAAUUCCCUGAUUAUUAAGCUGAUCCAGGCAGAUAUUUUGAAAAACAAGCUUUCCAAGCAGAUGGUGGACGUUAAGGAAAACUACCAGAGCACCCUGCCCAAAGCAGAGGCCCCGCGAGAGCCGGAGCAGGGCGAGGCCGCCAAGUCGGAAUUCCAGCCCAUGAUCGCAAUGGACACGGAACUGCUGCGGCAACAGAGACGCUACAACUCCCCGCGGGUCCUGUUGAGUGACAGCACCCCCUUGGAGCCCCCUCCCUUGUAUCUCAUGGAGGAUUACGUGGGCAACCCCGUGGCGGCGAACAGAACCUCGCGGCGGAAGCGGUACGCGGAGCACAAGAGUCACCGAGGGGAGUACUCCGUGUGUGACAGCGAGAGUCUGUGGGUGACCGACAAGUCAUCGGCCAUCGACAUUCGGGGACACCAGGUCACGGUGCUGGGGGAGAUCAAAACCGGCAACUCCCCCGUCAAACAAUACUUUUAUGAGACGAGAUGUAAAGAGGCCAGGCCUGUCAAAAACGGGUGCAGGGGGAUCGACGACAAACACUGGAACUCGCAGUGCAAAACAUCCCAGACCUACGUGCGCGCACUGACGUCAGAGAACAAUAAGCUCGUGGGCUGGCGGUGGAUACGGAUAGACACCUCCUGCGUGUGUGCCUUGUCGCGGAAAAUCGGAAGAACAUAAAUUGGCAUCUCUCCCCGUAUAUAAAUUAUUACUUUAAAUUAUAUGAUAUGCAUGUAGCAUAUAAAUGUUUAUAUUGUUUUUAUAUAUUAUAAGUUGACCUUUAUUUAUUAAACUUCAGCAACCCUA